AUGAGUGCUGGCAGUAUCCAAGUACCAUCAGAUCUGAAAUGCCAAGUUGCGGCUUGGUUUGAUAACGAUCAAAACGAAAAUACCAGAAAUGAAAUCAACGAGUUGAUCAACUCCGAGAAUUGGCAUGAAUUGCACACCCGGUUGGAUACAAGAAUAUCCUUUGGCACUGCAGGUUUGCGAGCCAGAAUGGAGGCUGGAUUCAGUCGAAUGAACACACUGACCGUUUUGCAGGCUUCGCAGGGAUUGGCUACAUACCUAGCUGAGAAAUUCGCGAACAAUAAGACCGUUGUGGUGGGCCACGACCACAGAUUCCACUCGAAAGAAUUUGCACAAGUGACAAUUGCAGCGUUUUUACAAGCUGGAUUCACGGUUUACGAUCUGUGCGCUGUAGCGAAUGACGGCGCUCAAGAUGUGUAUGUGCACACACCGCUUGUGCCAUUUGCAAUUGACCAGCUGAAUGCUGCUGGAGGAGUCAUGAUUACUGCUAGCCACAAUCCAAAGCUCGACAAUGGCUACAAAGUCUACUAUGCAAACGGGUGUCAAAUAAUUCCUCCUCACGAUAGGUUGAUCGCGCAGUCAAUUGGUAACAAUCGCAAACCCUGGGCUGAUGCCUGGAAUUUCGACUUGAUAAAGGACGAAGCGAUUGAAUCUGGCCGUCUUGUUAACGCCAAGGCCGGCAUGGCGGAGAAGUAUGUGAACACGGUGGCUCAAAAGCUGAUUUCUACGAAAAUUCCAAGAGCGAAGCAAGGGCCCUGGUUUGUGUACACACCAAUGCACGGAGUUGGGUGCGAGAUCUUCAGCAAGAUUGUGGAGCAGGUUUGGGGUCUUCAGGAAAACGUAGACUACCUUUGCGUCGCGGAACAAAAAAAUCCUGACCCUGAAUUCCCGACCGUUAGUUUUCCCAACCCAGAGGAGAAAGGUGCUUUGACUGCAGCCAUCAAUUUGGCGGAGGCAAACAAUAUCGUUUUCGUCCUCGCCAACGACCCCGAUGCCGACCGCUUCUCGGCCGCUGUCAAGUAUCAGAACAACUGGAAACAGCUGUCUGGUAACGAGAUCGGAUUUUUGUUUGCGCAGUACACAUGGGAUACUUACAAAAAGAAGACCGAGGAGUUGAAAAGCGCGAACACGCUUGUGCUGAUCAACUCUACGGUAUCAUCGCAAAUGAUUAAGAAAAUGGCAGAGGUGGAAGGUUUCCAAUAUCGGGACACGUUGACCGGGUUCAAGUGGCUCGGUAAUGAAGCUCGAGUCCUGGAAAAAGCUGGUCUUUACGUUCCAUUUGCCUACGAAGAGGCUAUCGGAUACAUGUUCUCUGAUGUUGUCCACGACAAGGACGGCGUGAGCGCAGCUAUUGUAUUUUUGCAAAUGAUCUGGGCCUGGGCAGCUCAAGAGCUAUCGCCUAUCGAUAUCUUGCAGGACGGAUAUGCUCGUUACGGUGCCUUCCAAGAGUAUAACGGGUACUACAUCGUGCCGGACCUGGCGAUCACCAACACCGUUUUUGAAGCCAUUCGUGAGUCGUAUCGCAGGGAGGGUCGACAGUAUCCUCUAAGACUAGGCGAUGAAUUUACAGUUGAGACGUUCAUCGACUUGACGGUUGGUUAUCAAUCAGAUACACCUGAUCAUGUCCCACGCCUUCCUGUCGAUCCUUCCGCGCAGAUGAUCACUGCUGUGCUGCGGUCGCAGGUGCGCGAAAACGAUAGUGUAAGGUUUACCACCAGGGGAUCCGGUACAGAACCGAAAUUGAAAGUCUACAUCGAGGCUAUCUCUGAUACGGAAGCUAGUGCUCGAGCCUUAGUCAAAAGAACUUGGGAUGCGCUCAAGAAAUACUGGUUUAGACCUGAACAGACCGGCUUGACCACGAGUUUUUGA